UAGCCAUUUUGCCAUUGGUCCUUCACCUUUUCUUCAACUUGCCUUAUGUUCUUUCCCAGAAUCCUCGGGGAAGUCAGGGGAUCAGGAAGAAGAGGCUCUGCCCCAAGAAGCCGGAACUGGUUCUGAGCCUGUUAUCCCUGAAGGAAUUGUGAGACCUGUUCAAGUUGCUGACCUUCAUCCAGAGCGAAAGGCUGCAAGUCCCCCUGUCUCUGCAAGUGGUGACACAGUGAUGGGGGAUGCCUCGAAAGUGGCUGCCUCAGAUCUUGAUUCAGGGCUUUCCUCCUUCCUGGCUCGCUUUGAUCUCUUGGAAUUUAACAGUCUUCCCGCCAGCCACUUCCAUGUUUUUGGGUCUUCUUAUGGCAACUUCCUGCGCUUCUCUGUUCCUGUGGAAGGCCUGCCGCUGCUAGAGAGUCUGUUCAAGAGUCACGGGGAUUUCACCAGUGGCUUCAGGGGAGGCAUCUUUCUAGGCAAUAUUUUGAUGGAGUUGCUGUGUGCCGUGCUGGUUUCCCUGAGAAAUUCCUCUGUAGAUUCUUUGUCUGAGGAAAAGCUUCUGGAGUGGAGAGGGGUGGUGCAAGACCUUCUGGAGGCCAAGUUCAAUUUGUCUUUUCUGCUGGAUCACUUGCGUCUGCUGGCUCAUAUGCUUUCUAACAAUGAAGGGACUACCAACCAAGUAAGCUCUCGACCUUUUGACAGCAAUAACCAGAGCUAA